UUAAAAUUUGGAUAAUAAUAAUCUUGUAUAUUUCUUAUAGAAAAUAUUUCUAAUAAUAUUUAGAAAAUAUUAUAGAUAUUUUCUAUACACAAAAUGAUAUUAAUAGAACACAAAGUAUUUUCUCUCACUAAAAAUGUAAUGGCCGAAACUUAAAACAAAUUGGUGAUAUCUCCUUCCUUUUUUUGCUAAUGGUGCGUGAGGUGUAUAUUUAAAACAAAGAUGUGAUUAAUUUUGUCAUUAUCUAAAUGACAAAUAAUUACCGCACUCAGAAUUCAAUCAAAGAAAAUUGUGAUUCUCCUCAAUCCAAAAUGGCCGAACAAAUCAUUGUGAUUGUGAGAAGGAUUUUCAAAAUUCUUCUCCAUUCAAAUGUUCAAAGUGUAUUUUAUUUGACACCAAAAAUUAAUAUAAAUUUAAUUUUAAAUCAAAUAAAAAUACUAAUAUCAUUUUUAAACAAGUAUACAAAUAUACUUUAAAUAGUUUAUGUCAAAAUAAUUAUUUUCAUAAUUAAAAUGACAAAUCAAAAUAAAAUAUUCAACAUAUAAUAUAUAUAUAUAACCGAAUAUUUAUAUAUAUAUUAUUAUAUUCCAAAAUAUUUUAUUUUACUAUUUUUUACAAAUAUACAAAUUACUUAUUAUCCCAUUGUUUAAUCCUACUCCUUAAAUUGUCCAAAGUGUGUGACCCGUAUAGGCACUUAUAAAGCUGGCCACAGUAUUGGUUCUGCACCAAUACUAUAAGCAAUAAGCGGUCAGUUUCCUUUCUCGCCGCCAUGAUUGUUUCUGAUUCCGAUUCGGCCACCCCAUCGGCCAAUUCUCGCCAAGCCGAUCACUUGGCCUCUGGUCGUAACCCCAGCCACACUCAAUCCCUCAGCCGUCGCCGUCGGCCGUGCCUGGCCAAAAGCGGCGCCGAUUGAGGAAGCAAUUUCCUUCCUCAACCCCGGUAGAUGAGGGCUCGAGGGUUAAGUUGGACGAAAACAUCAUGGCGAUGUGCCAUUGCCAGAUUAGUGACCGGGGGUUCACCGAUGCUAUUGACAUGGUUGGACCCUCCAUCGAGGUCUUGAGACCUACCAGUACCCAAACCGCCCUAGACGCUCCUUCAGGGUUCUUCACAGUUCAUCUGGCUUCUCUGAAGAAGGGGCUGCGCUUCCCACUCCAUGUGUUGUUGAUCGAAUUCCUCAAUGUGGUGGACCUCUUUCCUUGCCAACUGGUCCCCAACUCUCACCGGUACAUCGCCGGUUACCUGGUCAGAUGCAAGGAUGUAGGGGUGAAGCCUACCCUGGACCAUUUUGUGUUCACCUUUAAGCUGACCAAGGGCCACAAGGAUUGGGCGUCCUAUGCCAGCCUUUCCCAGAGGUCCAGUAAACUCUUCGCCAGUGACAAGAAGGGGUCAACCAAGAACUGGAAGCCUUUCUUUGUUUUUGUCUCGACCGGGCCCGAAUCUCCUUUCACAGUUGAAUUACAAGAUUUAGAAGAAGAGGUGGACGACGAUCUUCUGCCCAGUCGCUUCACAGCAGGGAGGAAGAGGAAGAGAGAGGCGAAGGGCCAAGGCAAGCGCUCUUCCUCCCACCGAGAGGAAAGUCCUCCUCGAGAGCCAGCUGUAAUCGUGGUGGAGGACCAGGAUGAUGAUGCCCUGGAAACGGGUACAAUGGCGGGCCAUUCUCCUCCGCACUCUUUGAUGCCAGGUGGCGGUCUCACUGGGUCGUCCAAGGGUGUUGCCUCGGAGCGACCUCCCUCGUCGCCCGCAGUAACCUACGAGGUGGCGACCGAGGGUCGUUCGACGAGGCUCUGCAUUCCUCCUCUGCCCCAAAGUCUAGGGGACGUGCAGCUGGAGACCCUGAUCACUCUGCCCGCAGAAGACCAGGCCCGCAUCUCGGCCGCCUCCCAAGAGGACCGCUGCGUCGCUCUUGAGGCAGAUAAGGCCUCAUUGUCCUCGGAGGUAGAAUAUGUCUCUGCUCGCGUGGUCAAGCUAGAAGGGGAGAAAUCUGACCUGAUCCAGCAGUUGGGCACGGUAAUAGCCGAAUGGCUCAAAACUGAACCUGGGGCUCAAUGGAUGGUCAAUGAGGGAACCAAGUCCUUCAACUGUGGACUCUUCUGCGCCCAACAGGUCUUCCGUGACAGCGAGGCGUACAAGGCUCUCUCUGCCAACCGUCUACCCGACGGGCGGAUUUACUGGGAUGCCCCAUGCCCGCUCCAUUCGCUGCAGUGCAUGGCCUGGGAGAGCAUGCAGAAUGAGCACCUGCCCCUCUUAGAGCAUGAGAGUGCGUAUUACACGAGUUUGGAGCGAUGGACUAGCGAGAGUUGCACCAGCUCGCCGGUGAGGCCUAAAGAUGAGGUUGUGGUGGGGGAAGAACUGGGUUCUUCCCUACCCCGCCCCGCUGGUCGCUCACCUCCCUGGAAGGCCCCUAGGCGAUCUGGGGUAGCUCGAGCGGCCUCAGGGUCUGCAUCGUCAUCUAGCAAUGAGGUCUCCGCUGGAGCCCUUUCUUCAAACCCAUAGUAAUUUACGUAAGUUGUUUUUGGGUGGAAUCGAGUUUUGGACUAUAAAUUUUUGUUUUCCGCUGCGUUAUCCAAGCCUCGUUUCCCAACAGUGGUAUCAGAGCCGGCUUACGAAGUUACUAGUUUAGUAGUUUUUACCGUUAUUGUUUUUGUAGAUUAGUCAAUAAAUUUUGGAGACAAAAAUUUAUCCCAUUAAAAUUUAAUUAGGUGGCCAUAUUUAGAUACUGGACCUAAUAUUAUUUUGUUUAGUAAUUUUCGGAAUUACUGUUUGGGG